AUGGGCCACGAAUUCACAGGGACUGUUGUUGCUUUGGGCUCUGAGGUCAAGACCGUAAGAAUCGGAGAUAAAGUUGUUUCCCCAUUUACAGCUUCUUGUGGCGAGUGCUACUACUGUCAUAACGGUGGCUCUGCACGAUGCGUCAAGAGCCAAGCCCUCGGUUCUCCCAAUCUUAACGGAGCUCAAGCAGAAUUUGUCCGCGUACCGUUCGCAGACGGGACUGUGAUCAAGGCCCCCGAAGGAAUCCAUGAUCAGGCCCUUAUCCUAAUGGCUGAUAUCUUCCCCACCGGGUAUUUCGGUGUCCAGAGCGGUGUUGAGAUGAUGCCGAAGCUAGAUCUGCAAGAUUCAACUAUCGUAGUGAUUGGCUGUGGUCCCGUUGGACUAUGCGCCAUUGUUGCUGCGGCAGUGCUGAAGCCAAAGCAUCUAUUUGCUGUGGAUAGUGUUCAGAGUAGACUCGAUCAGGCUGCGAAGCUUGGUGCCGAGCCUCUCAACUUCAUGGAGAGCAGGGAUGAUAUGAUCGAUCGCGUAAAGUCUGUCACUGACGGCAGAGGCGCUGAUAUAGUGGUGGAAGUGGUCGGGCUCUCGCCUGCCCUUCGAACUGCAUUUGACCUGGUUCGCUCAUUUGGUGCUAUCAGCAGCAUUGGUGUCCACAACGCAGAGAUCCCUUGGUCAGGCAGUGAUGCGUACAAGUGA